AUGGUAUCGAACGAAGUAAAACUUAAAACAAAAUUAGAAAAACAUGCCAACGAUAAUGUAAAAAGAUGUCAAGCUAUAAAUGAAAAAAUUAAAACUAAAUUGAGUCAAGCACAAAUUAUCAAACAAGCAUUAUCGACUGGGAAUUUACAUAAAAAUUCAAUUAAUAAUAUCAAUAAUGUAAAUAAUGGUAAAUUAAAAAGUUCUAACGAAAAUAAUAAUCAAUCUUUAUUUGAUGGCUCGAGUAGUGAUGAUGAAAAUAUUGAGAUUAAAGAGAAACCUCAAUUUGCUGGAAAACAAGGUUUUAAGCUUUUACAACUUCAAAGCACAUAUGGGAAUGAUGAAAGAUUUAAAGUAGAUGAAAAAUUUUUGGAUGUCGAAGAAGAAAAUGAAGAAAACUAUAAUAUUGAUGAUGUCAAAAAUCAAGAAACUAAUGAUUCAGGUUCACCAUUGAAAGCAGAAAAUGCCAACAAAUCUAAAAAAAGAAAAUUUGAAAUGAUUCGAUAUGAUUCAUCGAUUCAAGAUCAUGAAAAAUAUGAAAUCAAAGAUUCCGUUUCGAAUAAUGAGAUACCAGUGAAAAAGAAAAAGAAAAAAAAAACAAAUGAAGAUAUUAAAAAAGAAGUUAAACCUAAAAUAGUUGAAGUUUCAAAAGAAAAGUUUUUCACAGUAUCAAAAGACAUAACUAAAUCUUUUAAGGAAAAUAAAGAAAGUGCUGCUGGAUCUUUUAGUUUAUUGCAAACUUACGGUGAAACCCGUGAAGAAAAUUUGGAUUGUGCAAGCGAUGAAAAAAUGGAUGAAGAAAAAUUUACAGAGACAAAUAAUAAAUUAGAGCCUCAUAAACAAGAAAAACAAGAAGAAAGUGCUAAUGUUCCUGCUAUUGCACAAGGAAUUUGGAAGGAAUCAUUUUUUUUCAGUGUCGAUGAUCCUAGACUUAAAGGUAAAUUUUUUUUUAAAUUUAUAAAAUAUGGAGUAAAAGUAUAA